AUGGCUUGCAAUCUUCCCUGUUGCCUGAUUUACGGCUGCUUGGGCCCUUUGGCCCUGAUGUUUGCGCCAUUUACCUUGGCGUCCAAGAAGAUCAGCAAGAUUAGGAGAGAGAAGAAGGAACGCAAAGCGGAGAAGGCUGCGCUCGAAAAGGCGGCUUACAGAAAAGCCGCUGUUGAAAGGGUUGCUCGCGAGAAAGAAGCUGCUCGCAUGUGCAACGGGAAACCCAAGUUGGCUCCAUGGCCGGUGCCCCUCGACAUCCCGCAUGGCUACCGCGAGCCACCGUUGAACAAACCACCUGGCCAUGAAAAGCGUUACAUCAUUUCCAUCGACAAAAAGCCGACCUCUGUCAGGGCGCUCCCCAUCCCGGGCGUUGACUACAGCCAUCUCACGCCCGACCAACUGAAACUGGCUAUCUCACAGCGCUGGGCGGACCCCCAUCGCAUGCUCAGAGAUAUCAACGAUCCGAAGCGUGCUGACUACUGGAAGAAGGAGUACAAGUCAGCCUGCUGGGCGCCUUGCCCUCAGUAUACUCCCAAAGAGCUCGAGGGUUCGAAGAAGCAGACUUGUAUGAAUGCCCUGAUCCCGGGUGAGCCUGAGAAAUGGUGGUGUUCUCAACAUUGUGCAGCGAAGAUCGCGCUUGAAUAUGGAUAUGUGUUGAAGGAUAUCCCGAUGGAGCAGCGCAUGCCGAGGGACUGGUUGACAUGUUCAAGGAAGUCCCUCACUCCUCGCCGCAGGAUCGACAAAGCUCCGUUCCCUGCCACGACUUAUCUUCCCACCGCUGAGCCUAGUUACUUCCUGGGUGAAGGAUGGACACUUGGUGGGCUCAUGGCUGGAGCUGUCGACGUGGCAACGGCUGCUGGAUAUAUGGUGGCGGAUGUUGUUAGUCCCAUCUACGAAACGGGCAAAAAGAUUUGGGACGUGAUCGACGAGAUGGAGUGAGAGCUGGAGAAGUUGAGGAUCUUGGCUAGGAAGGACGAAUGUUUGUCGGGAUGGAAAAUUACUGGUCAGAGGGUCAUUCGGGGUAGGGAACACUUGGAUUGGAGAGAAGGCGCCAAAGAUCCAGAUAGUCAUGGGUUAGGCGGAAAUCGAUUACUUGCUUGCAUGUUUUGGGUUAUGGGUUUUGGUUAUAGACUAUUAUACACCUUGGC